AUGAGCCCUGAGCGAUUCCGUCAGUUCAUGUCUUCAUCCUCAUCUUGGUUGCAACUUCCACAACGCCAGUCAGUGGCUCUACUCCUCUCGGUGCCGCUCAAGUCCUGCCUGUUGUAUGCUGUGCAUAACGAACGGGCGGAGAGCUACAAGGUUGAGGCGAACAAUCUGUUCGCUCACAAGCGAUUCCAUGAAGCUCUGGACCUGUACACCGCUGCGAUACAAACAGAUCCUGAAAACCCGGUAUAUCUUUGCAACAGAGCGUUCGCGCACAUCAAACUAGAAAAUUACGGGCAGGCUGUGAGCGAUGCGGAGGCUUCGCUGAAGUUGAACCCGACGUUUGUCAAGGCUUUCUAUCGGAGGGGAACGGCUUAUUUGGCACUGGGGAAAACAAGACAGGCACUUGCGGACUUCAGGACCGUCGCUCGCCUUCGGCCGUCAGAUUCGACGGCGCUGGGAAAGGUCAAACAAUGUGAAAAGAUCGCACGGCUCGAAGCCUUUGAGGAUGCGAUUCGAAUGGAGAAGACAGCUUCGCCUUAUGACACCCUUGACGUCGAGAGCAUCGAAGUGGAGCCAGACUAUGAUGGGCCGAGAUGGGAGGACGAGAUCACAGAGGAGUUUGUUCUGCAGAUGAUUGAGAGGUUCAAAGAUGACAAGCGCCUGCAUCGAAAGUAUGCCUACAAGAUCUUGGUGGUCGCAUGCGAACAACUCAAGAAGAUGAACAACGUCCUUGAGCUCGAAGUCCCUCAGGGGAGCGAGAUGACUGUCUGUGGAGACACGCAUGGACAGUUCUACGAUCUUCUGCAGAUCUUCUCGAUGAACGGAAACCCGAGCCCGUCGAACCCCUACAUCUUCAAUGGCGACUUCGUUGACCGGGGCUCUUGGUCGUUGGAAGUCAUCAUGACCCUCCUGGCCUGGAAGUGUCUCUACCCCGAGUCCAUCCACUUGACCCGCGGGAACCACGAAACUGUUGCGAUGAACAAGAUGUACGGGUUUGAAGGAGAAGUCAUUGCAAAGCACAACAGGCACAUGUACGAAUGCUUUGUUGAAUUGUUCUGGUAUCUUCCUCUUGCCAUCACUCUCAACGGCAAGGUGUUUGUGUGUCACGGAGGUUUGUUUCGAGAUGAUCGUGUCACUCUCGCCGAUAUCAACAAGGUGGAUCGAGCUAUCGAGCCAGGAGAUUCUGGAAUAGUUUGCGACCUUCUCUGGAGUGACCCCCAGAACGAGGAGGGCCGGGCUGAGAGCAAGCGAGGGACGGGCUGCAUGUUCGGACCUGACGUGACCAAGAAGUGGCUGGAGGAGAACGAUCUCUCCCUCCUCGUGCGUUCACACGAGAUGAAGGAGGAGGGAUACGAAGUGCAACACGACGGGAAGUGUAUCACGAUUUUCUCCGCUCCCAACUAUUGCGAUCAGAUGGGCAACCUCGGAGCUUUCAUUCGCUUCGGACACGAUUGCGAGCCUCGCUUCACGCAGUUUGCCGCAGCUCCCCAUCCUCCCAUGAAGCCGAUGAAGUAUGCGCCCGUGGGGAUGAUGCCAGGGUUUAUGUAAACUCUUCCUCCUCCUC